GCGGCGGCGGCGGAGCUUUCGUCUUCUCCCGCGGAGGGCCUGAACAGGGACUGAGGGGUCUGCGGAAUUUCAGGGCGGAGGGGCGGUCGGCCUCCGGAGGCGGCCAGGAAGGCGGGGGCUCCGGUAGGAGCUCGGCUGGACGAGAACUUUGAAAGCAGAUAAGACGCUGUGCGAAGUAGAAUGUCAGAAGAUACUGGAGGAAUUGAAAAAGAAAUAGAAAUUGAACUAAGCCGAAUCAGUGUUUCUUCCCUUCAAGCAGAUGAUCCUGACACAGAGGUAUCUGACGAAGCUUUGAGUGACAGUGAGACAAUUUCAGAUGACUUGCCAGAAUCAGUUCUCUCCUAUUUAAACUUUAUAAAGAGCAGAAAUCAAGAUGCUGAAAAGCUUAUACUGCAAGAUUUAGAAGAUGAAGAAACUACAAGUAACAUUUAUGGAGUAGUUUCUUGCCAUACUUCAGAUUACUUGGCAGAAUUGGCUUCUGAAUAUAAUGAAGAUCCAGAACAAUUUAAAAAAAGGGUACUAUUUGAAAUUGAAAAUGAAGACUUGCAGAUUGCUACAGCACCUAGUUACAAUAGUCAGUCCGCCAAUGAUGCAGUGGUCACUGAUGACCAUUUUGUUACAGCUGAUGUUGAAAUGAGCAUAAGCCUUACUCAUUGCCAAGUAGAAGAAAAGUGUAGACAAGAAUUUGAGCAGUGGGAGAAAAGACAAAAGGAUCUUGAAGAUGAGAAGAGGAAAAAGUGGAAAGCUGAGAGGGAAGCACAGGAAAAACAGAAUGAAGAGGAACAUGCAAGAAGGGUUCAACGUCUGGAGGAAUUUGAGGCUGAAAGAAUAAAAUUAGAGCUUCUUCAUAAGAAACAACAAACUGCGAUGGAAGAUGAGUUACAGAAAGAAAAGAAAGCGUGGAGAGACAAAGUGAUGCAACAUAAGGAAUUGAUCAUGAAGCUACAGUUGCAAAUGGAAGAGGAAAAAAAGGCGUUGGAAGAGCAGAAAGCAAAAGAAAAGCAACAUCUGGCAGAAAAGCAGAAUACAGCAGCUGUGAAAAUCCAAGCUAGAUUUAGAUCAUUUUUAGUACAUAAAAAAUAUGCUCCCAUCUUAAAAGCAUGGAAGGAUGAAAUAAAAAAGAAGCAGAAAAUACUAGAAGAAAUAGAGAGAGAAAUGAGAGAAAAAGAGGAAAAAAGGAAGAAGCGAAUGAAAGAAAAGAGGCAAAAGAAGGAAGAGGAAAAAAAGAGACAAGAAGAAAUUGAAAGACAGGAAUAUUUGGAACAGGUGAGGAGGCGUGAGGAAUAUGAGAAAAAGAAAGAAAGCCUGAGAUUUGAAAAAGAGCUGCAAAUAAGAGAAGAACAGAGAAAACUAGGAGAAAAAAGAGCCAAAGCUGUGAUGAGUGAAAGUGGAGAAAAGAACAAAGAAGACACAAAAAAGGAUAAGCAGACAGAAAAUACAAAAGUAAUAACGGAACAGAAGAAGGAACUAAAUACGCAAGUAGAGGAACAAAAAGAAAAACAGACUGAAAUGAUGCAUGAAACAAAUAAUUGGAUGAUUCCAGUUGAAAGAAAUUUGACACCAACACCAAAUACGCUAGGCUCUGAGAAGAAGGAACACUCUUCUCCAGUAAAUAAUAACAACAUACACAUUAAUUCAGUAACACAUGUAGAAGAAAAUUACUCACAAACUAGAGAUCUUAAUAAAGCUCCAAAUAGUUAUAUGUCAAAGGGUGAAUCUGUUAAUUUUGGAGCUAAUGACAUGGUAGAAAAUGAGGCAAACAAUAUCUGCAGCACUUCACCAAAUGUCCAGCCAAAUGCUAGUAAUAGAGAAGUCAAAGAUCAAUUUUCUCAGCCUGAAACAAUGGAGAAAACUGUGUUUCUAAUGGAAGGUGCUAAUAUGGAAGUCAGAGAGUCUUGGGACAGAAUUGAAGAUAUGUCUGAGUGUUCCAAUAUACUAAUGCUUCCUGAUGAUAUUGAAAAGAAGAGGAUAAACUGGAUGAACACAUGUAAAUCUUGGUCUACAAUAUAUGAAGAAAACCAAAGAAAGCAAGCAAGUAUAAAAAAACGACCAAGGAAAAGUUCAGUUAGCAAGAUGCCUCCAUUAAGUACACAAAAGAUAAUUCAUAGUGGCCCUUGGAGUACUCUGCAGCAGGUCACAAUACUUACACUCGAAGAUUUGCCAGCUUGUAGCCUCUCAACGCUAUCCAAGUGCACAAAUCUUCAAGUUUUGACUCUGAGGCGCUGUGGACUAGCUGCGCUGGAAGGACUAAGUAACUGCAAAGACCUAAAAUAUAUCAAUGUGGAGGAAAACAACAUUCAGACAAUUGACUGUGAAAAUCUAGAAAAUCUCUGUAUUCUGAUUCUGAAUAAGAACCAUCUUUCAUUAAUUUGUGGCUUAGAUGGCUGCAUAAAUCUCCAAAAUCUUGAACUUUCCUACAAUAGAAUCACUCGAAUUGGUGGUCUGGAGUCAUUGAAAAAUCUUCAGCGAUUAAUUGUGGACCAUAAUCAGUUAAUCAGCACAAAAGGUCUUUGUGAGGCACCUAGCCUUAUUCACCUAGACUGCUCUUUUAAUCAUCUCACACAAGUUGAAGGCAUUGAAAAUUGCAGCCUGCUUCAAAUUCUGAAGUUGCAAGGCAAUAACCUCCAGGAGCUUCCAAGACUGGAAAAUCAUGUUCUUCUAAGAGAACUAUAUUUGGAUGACAAUAGCAUUUCUGCUGUGAGAAUGCUUUCUUUGUAUUGGUUGCCUCUAUUGCAGAUUCUUUUGCUGUCUCAAAAUAGAUUAACUGAGCUUGUGCCUUUAAAUUCAUUUGUAUCUUUGGAGAAGCUGGAUAUCAAAAAUAACUGCUUAUCAGACCUUAAAGGUGUCAUUACAUGGUUAAGUGGCUGUCAUAAACUAAGGGACUUGUCACUCAGUGGAAAUCCUCUUCUCCGAGAAAGGAAUUGGAGGUGUUCCGUGUGUAAGGUCCUUCCUAGUUUACAGUUUCUUGAUGGUGAAAUCUUAAACUAUCAAACUUUACCCACAACUGAAAGAAUCAAAGGAUCAGAAUCAAGAACUUUUCUGGAACUUUGUCGAGUUCAAAUUGAAGAAAAUGUUCUACUGAAAAAAAAGGCUGCUGAACUCGGAAUUGCCUCUUCUAUUGAUUCUGCACUGGGACAAUGCCGGUAUUUUAAUCAGUUGAUGAAACUUAGUAUUAAACAUCGCUAUGCACAUGAGUAUGGUGAACUAAACGUUACUGACAGAGAUGGACCAGAAGCACUGCAAAAUCAUUUAAAGCAAACAUCCACUGGCUGCCUACAGGAAAAUAACCUCUUUAUCAUGGGUGCGACAGAAAAUAAACAGGUCUUGUUGGAUCCUUCCAAAAGAUGGAUUACUACUGACCAUAUUCAGGCCACAUUCAUUAACUCCUCCAUACCUGUGCAUCAAAAGGAAAAUAAAGAAGACCAGAGAGUGAAGCAGAAGAGCACUGAAUCUUGUAUUAAUUACAGCGAGGAGAGCAAAGGCAACAGUAACAUGUCAGCCCAACUCACGUUGCAACAGUCAGAGAUAGUAGCAAGUAAUAUGGGAAGAGAUCAUUUUUUUGAGAAAGAUACAGAAAGGCUACAUAUGGCAGCAUCAGUAAUCCAGUCCCUUUGGCGGCAGUACAAUGCCAAGAGGAAAACUGACUGCACCAAAACAGAGAAUCAUCAGUUUAUUGAAUCUUGGAGACAGAAGCAUGAAGCUGCCACACUAAUCCAGGCAUUUUGGAAGGGUUUUCUUUUGCGAAAGAAACUGGCCAGUGCUCUUGCAGCUGUUAAAAGUGAUGAAGUGGAGGAUGACUAUGAAGAAAUAAAUGUGGAUGAUUUCACAUUUUCUGAAAAGUAUUCUAGGCCUUCAAAUUCCAGUGAACAUUCAAAUUGUUUGCCAUUGUCACCGCAAGAAGUUUGGCAGUGUGUUAACAGACCACAUUCAUACUCAGCAGAAAAUAUCCACUUUCAUAGCAGAUCAAGAAAAGGAACAAUGUCACAGUUCUCUGACUGGAAAGAAAAAAAGAAAUUUUCAUUCAUGUCUGAAAAAGAAGAGAAAAUUUCAGAAGAAUGGGGUUUUAAGGAUAUUUCUACUGCACAGCUAAUGCUGAAGAGGGCCCAUAAAAUGAAGCCCAAAAAAUACAGUAAUAAAAAUUUAGACCCAGCUGUGCGCCUGGCGUUGUUCAAAAACAAUGAAAAUAAACAUCUCCAUUUGAAACCACCAAGGAAGACACAGCCUAUAAAUGCUGGUUACUUUGAAGGUAAAAAAGAAGAAUUUUCUCAGCUGGAUACUACUUUUGAUGAGAAAUUACAAAGGAGAAAAGACUCUAAAUACCAAUGGCUUCAUACACAUCUUUUGGAUUAUGAAGCAGCCAGUUCCAAAAAUAUGAAGUGCUGUCGUUUUUUGCCUGAGUUAGAUCCCGCCAUACGUGACAGUAGACGAGUACAACUUGUGGCAAGCUCUGUAAGCAGAGAAGACACGGAUUUAGACCUUGUUUCCAUGGCCAGUGGAAGUGCUUUGACUGAGAACAGAGAAAAAAAUAAGCAGCCACACAGACACUCAGCAAGAUCUUCAAAAAAGAAUAUAUCUACUCCAGAAAAAUCAUGUUUGGGUCCAUCUCAUAAAGAACGGAUAUCAUUUCGAGACCAUCCAGUGCAGCUCAGCGGAGGAUGGGGAGCAGGCAAAAAAAGGCAAAGGCUUAAAAAUAUUAACUGAAUAUUGGAGAUAAUUUAACUAGUUGAUUUAAUCAAAUAUGGAGAGCAUAUGAAGAGCUGUUUCUUUUUAAGCCUAUGAAUAUCCAUUCUGGGAUUCUCAUUUAUUACCAAUAUAAACAGUUUCAGUU